CAUGGGUCUAGCCCCUUUGUGUGCUUUUGUUCCGGAUGUCGACCCUAAUUUAAAGGAGCUCGUAGAUUCAUGUUCUUGGUUUUAUUUUACUCACUAGUAGGCCGUGCUCCGGUCCUGUCUCCAAUACGAGGGGCUCAAUCUACAUUGUCACUCAUGAGCCCCAGGCGGCUCACAAACUCCCGAAAUCAUGGCAUAUCCAUCUGUGCGUGCGUGUGGCCCGAGUCCUGCCCACUUGCACGCGCUAUCUAGGUUCGCCCACACCCUGGCAACCGGGUUUGAAGUUAUCGAAGGAAAAAAGACUGCCGAUUCGGUGAUUAUUUCACAUAAGAUACUCUUGCUGGUGUCACGAACACUUUGCGAGUCUAUUGCAGACACUCCAACGCGCGUCUGGCACGGAGCUUCUUCCGAGUAUGGAAAGCUUGCAUGCUGUUCGUGGUACUUCCAAGCCUUUGUUAUUGGAGAGUCCUUGCGAGGGAUCUUUCAUAUGAAGCUUGAAGACUCCCGGGCCGGUGGUCGAAGAGUAAUAGUGGCUGUGGACGGUGUGGUGAUUAGGAGCAAGAUCGCCCCAGGUCUGUCGAUGAUUGUCUCCUACUUCCUGCUCCUGACAAACCUGGUCGCUCUCCCACCCCAACAUCUGGCUGCCUCGUUUCUAUCACACUUCGGAGUUGCCAAAUUGAUCGAUGUCAGUGGACAGGCCUGGUAUUCCAGUCUGUACAGAGAAUAA